GAUUAUUGUAAAUUUGUACGUGUAAAAGAUAAAAUAAACAUUCUUCAUUCAUAUUUAGAUUAACACUUUAUAAAUUGAGCACUUUGUUCUUAUACUUGAUCACCUAUAUAUGCACAUCGUUCUUUUUAUUGAAAAGCGUCACAGGAUUUCGAGCGACCCACGGCCCGCUCGAGUGUUUGGCAAAUGACUAUAUAUGAAAGAUUAAACGCAGCUACGUUUCUAGAACACACUACCGUCAAGCCUUUCUACUAUCAGCAGGCGAAUUUCAAAUGCUUUUAUUGUACCGAAAUCUUUCCGGAGAUUACUGCUGUGUUGCAACACACGGACACGCACGCUCUGCCAGAUAGACCGAGUCUGCUAAAACAGUACCUUCGUAAAGGAAAGCGAGUUAUUAAAGUUGAUGUUUCUAAUCUAAAAUGCAGGAUUUGUGACCAAAAGUAUGCGGAGCUCGAUGACAUACGUAAACAUUUGAUUGCCAGCCACAAAAAGGAGUUUAAUUCCGCCGGGAACGGGCUGAUGCCGUACGAUUUAAGAGUCAAUAAUGGUCUACUAUCUUGUCAUAAAUGUAGCAAAACUUUCAAUUCUUUCUUCCUUCUAAAUAGGCAUAUGAACGUUCAUUUCAGUGUGGUUUGUGAAACCUGCGGUCUCGGGUUUAUAUCCCAUCAACGUCUCAUAAACCAUCGAAUAGUUCACCAGAACGGGGUGCACGAAUGUAGCAAUUGUCAGCAAGUAUUCCCCACGAAACUGAAGCUGCGUUAUCACCUGUUUAAAAAGCACGAAGUCACGAAUGCCAAGCGAAUCAAGCCGCUGAAAUGUCCUCAUUGCUUAGAGCGCUUUGCCGAGCAUUAUCGCAAAAUGACGCAUCUAAAAGAAGUGCAUGGUAUUACAUUCACCUUCGACUGUCAAGCUUGUAAGGCCAUCUUUCCGACGCGACGGGCCUUAACUGAGCACACGACAAAGCAUCACACACAAAAGAUUCAAUGCAAGAUUUGCGGAAAGUGCUUCGGGACGAAGUCCCUGUUGAAAAUGCACUUGCGAGGUCACACCGGCGAACGGAAUUUCUUUUGUGACGUGUGCCAGAAGGCGUAUAUGCAUGAGAGGACGCUCCGACAACAUAUGCGUGUACAUGGGCCGAUCUGGAAGUUCACGUGCAGCGAAUGCGGGCAUGGCUUUCACAAUAGAAACGAUUUUAACAAGCACAUGAAGCAGUGGCACCCUCAGUGGCAGUUCAAAGCGAUCGUGAAGAAUUUCAGCUCUGCUGUGUUGAACCAAUAGAAUUAUAAUAUCUCACAAAAGUAUA